AUGCCAACACAGAAAAACAGCAAUGCCUCAGUGGUCUCUUUGCAGGAGUUUGUGCUAGUGGGAUUUGAGGGUGGGCUGGAGACCCAGGCCCUACUCUUUGCUGUGUUCCUGGCCCUCUACGUGGUGACCAUGCUGGGGAACCUCACAAUGAUCGUGGUCAUCACGCUGGAUGCCCGCCUCCACUCUCCCAUGUACUUCUUCCUCAAGAACCUCUCCUUCCUGGACCUCUGCUACUCCUCUGUCAUCGCCCCCAAGGCCCUGCUCAACUUCUUCUCCUCGACCAGGAUCAUCACCUUCGCCGGCUGUGCCACCCAGCUCUUCUUCUUCUCUCUGUUGGUCACCACUGAGGGUUUGCUUCUGGGUGUCAUGGCCUAUGACCGUUUCAUGGCCAUCUGCAACCCCCUACACUACCCAGUCACCAUGUGCCCCUCGGCCUGCACCCGCCUGGUGCUGGGCACCUACUGUGGAGGCUGCUUCAAUUCCAUUGUGCAGACCAGCCUAACCUUCCACGUCCCAUUCUGCAGCUCCAACCAUAUCAACCACUACUUCUGCGAUGUGCCGCCCCUGCUCCAGAUUGCCUGUGCCGACAUAGCCCUCAAUGAGUUGGUCAUGUUUGGCAUCUGCGGGCUGAUUAUUGUGGGUGUGACAUGUGUGGUCCUCGUCUCCUACAGCUACAUCACAGUGACCAUCCUGAGGAUGCAUUCAGCAGCUGGGCGCCACAAGGUCUUCUCAACAUGUGGUUCCCACAUGACUGCAGUGACCCUCUUUGUUGGGACUGUCUUUGUGAUGUACGCCCAGCCAGGAGCCGUGGAGUCCAUGGAGCAGGGCAAGGUGGUCUCCAUCUUCUAUACCCUGGUCAUCCCCAUGCUCAACCCCCUUAUCUACAGUCUGCGGAACAAGGAUGUCAAGGAGGCCCUGAGGAGACUGGGUCAAAAACGUGCAGCCAAGUGA